GGGUGGGAUUCGGGUUCGGGUUCUGAGACGGCGCUCAGCGGCAAGAAGAAGCAGGAGGGCCCGGGGCGGCGUGGCCCAUGAGCCGGUGCUGGGGGCAGCGCGGAGCCGGAGACUCCUCUGGCCAAGGUGCUGCCCGGGCCGCCGCGGGCUGAGGAGUCGCGGGGCUACGCGGCACGCCCAGACCUGCUACCAUGAACCCCGAGAAGGACUUCGCGCCACUUACCCCCAACAUCGUGCGCGCCCUCAAUGACAAGCUGUACGAAAAGCGGAAGGUAGCAGCGCUGGAGAUCGAGAAGCUGGUCCGGGAGUUCGUGGCCCAGAACAACACUGUGCAGAUCAAGCAUGUGAUCCAGACCCUGUCUCAGGAGUUUGCCCUGUCUCAGCACCCCCACAGUCGGAAAGGGGGCCUCAUCGGCCUGGCCGCCUGCUCCAUCGCACUGGGCAAGGACUCAGGACUCUACCUGAAGGAGCUGAUUGAGCCAGUGCUGACCUGCUUCAACGACGCAGACAGCAGGCUGCGCUACUAUGCCUGCGAGGCCCUCUACAACAUCGUCAAGGUGGCCCGGGGCGCCGUGCUGCCACACUUCAACGUUCUGUUCGACGGGCUGAGCAAGUUGGCUGCUGAUCCAGACCCCAAUGUGAAGAGUGGAUCUGAGCUCCUAGACCGUCUUUUAAAGGACAUCGUGACUGAGAGCAAUAAGUUUGACCUGGUGGGCUUCAUCCCCUUGUUGCGGGAGAGGAUUUACUCCAACAACCAGUAUGCCCGGCAGUUCAUCAUCUCCUGGAUCCUGGUUCUAGAGUCCGUGCCAGACAUCAACCUGCUGGAUUACCUGCCAGAGAUCCUGGAUGGACUCUUCCAGAUCCUGGGAGACAAUGGCAAAGAGAUUCGGAAAAUGUGUGAAGUGGUUCUUGGAGAAUUCUUGAAAGAAAUUAAGAAGAACCCCUCCAGUGUAAAGUUCGCUGAGAUGGCCAACAUCCUGGUGAUCCACUGCCAGACCACGGACGACCUGAUCCAGCUGACAGCCAUGUGCUGGAUGCGGGAGUUCAUCCAGCUGGCUGGCCGCGUCAUGCUGCCCUACUCCUCUGGGAUCCUGACUGCCGUAUUGCCCUGCCUGGCCUACGAUGACCGAAAGAAAAGCAUCAAGGAGGUGGCCAACAUGUGCAACCAGAGUCUGAUGAAACUGGUCACCCCUGAGGACGACGAGCCAGAUGAGCCAAAGCUAGUGGUGAAGCGGCAGGCUGAGCCCAACCCUGACAACUCCCAGGCAAAGCAGGAGGGGACCGCCAGUGCAGGUCCAGAUGGUUCCUGUGACUCUAGCUUCAGUAGCAGCAUCAGUGUCUUCACUCCAGCCAGCGCUGAAAGGGCCCCAGUGACUCUGCAUCUCGACGGGAUUGUGCAGGUCCUGAACUGCCACCUUAGUGACAUGGUCAUCGGGAUGAUGACCCGGAUCGCCGUCCUGAAGUGGCUCUACCACCUCUACAUCAAGACUCCCCGGAAGAUGUUCCGGCACACAGACAGCCUCUUCCCCAUCCUGCUGCAGACGUUAUCGGACGAAUCUGAUGAGGUUAUCCUGAAGGAUCUGGAGGUGUUGGCAGAAAUUGCUUCCUCCCCUGCAGGUCAGACAGAUGACCUAGGCCCACUCGUUGGCCCUGACCUUCGGGUUGGCCACUCAGAGCUCCAGGUGCCCACCCCUGGCAGAGCUGGCCUAUUGCACAUUCCUGGUACCAAAGGCUUAGAAUGUUCUCCUUCCACCCCUACCAUGAACUCCUACUUCUAUAAGUUCAUGAUCAACCUUCUCAAGAGGUUCAGCAGUGAACAGAAACUCCUGGAGACCAGAGGUGCUUUCAUCAUCAGGCAGCUCUGUCUCCUGCUGAACGCAGAGAACAUCUUCCACUCAAUGGCAGACAUUCUGCUCCGAGAAGAGGACCUCAAGUUUGCCUCCACCAUGGUCCACACCCUGAACACCAUCCUGCUGACCUCCACGGAACUUUUUCAGCUGAGGAACCAGCUCAAGGACCUGAAGACUCUGGAGAGCCAGAACCUGUUCUGCUGCCUGUACCGCUCCUGGUGCCACAACCCAGUCACCACAGUGUCCCUCUGCUUCCUCACCCAGAACUACCGGCACGCCUAUGACCUCAUCCAGAAGUUCGGGGACCUGGAGGUCACCGUGGAUUUCCUCACGGAGGUGGACAAGCUGGUGCAGCUGAUCGAGUGUCCCAUCUUCACAUAUCUGCGCCUGCAGCUGCUGGAUGUGAAGAACAACCCAUACCUGAUCAAGGCCCUCUAUGGCCUGCUCAUGCUGCUACCCCAGAGCAGCGCCUUCCAGCUGCUCUCGCACCGGCUCCAGUGCGUGCCCAACCCCGAGCUACUGCAGACCGAAGACAGUCUGAAGGCAGCCCCCAAAUCCCAGAGAACCAACACCCCCAGCAUUGACUACGCAGAGCUGCUGCAGCACUUUGAAAAGGUCCAAAACAAGCACCUCGAAGUCAGGCACCAGCGGAGUGGGCGUGGGGACCACCUGGACCGGAGGAUCGUCCUGUGA